AUGUAUGGCAAAUGCGGCAGCCCGGACGACGCUCGAUCCGUGUUUGCCACCAUCCGCCGCCCCAAUUCCUUCUCCUGGAACAUCUUAAUUUCGGCCUACGCCACCAACGGCCAUGCCGAUCGCGCGCGCCAGCUCUUCCACGCGAUGCCGCUCAAGAACGAGGUCUCCUGGACCACGAUCCUCCACUCGCAUGCCCAGGACGGCGAUCUGGAUGAAGCGCACGGGGUCUUCCUCCGGAUGCCGGGCUGGGACGCGCUCACCAUGACCGCCAUGGCGGUGGCGUUUGCGCGGAACAGGGAUGUGGAGCACGCCAAGGCGCUGUUCGAUGGACUGCCGGAGCGCGACGUGGUGCCGUGGACCGCGAUGCUUGUGGCGUAUAGCGAGGAUGGCGAUCUGGAUGGGGCGAGGAGCUUGUUCUUGAGGAUGCCAGAGUGGGGGAUCGUGCCGUCCAAUGCGAUGGUCUCUACGUUUGGGCAGCAGGGAUUGGUGAGGGAAUCGAAGAUGGUAUUUGAUGCGAUGCCUGGGAGGGAUGAUGUUUCGUGGGGCGCGAUGAUCAAAGCUUAUACCCAGGCUGGGCAUUUUGUGGAGGCUGUGAGGAUGUUUGAGAUUGUGCCGGAAAGAAGCACUGUCGCAAUGACGAGUAUGGUGGUUGCUCAUGCGGAGAACGCUUCUUUGGAAAACAGCAAGGUUAUGUUUGAUCGCAUACCGGAAAGAGAUCCAGUGUCUUGGACAGCGUUUCUCUCAGUAAAUGCCACAAACGGGCAUCUUGUGAAAGUGAUAAACAUAUUCGAUCGCAUGCCGAAACGAAGUUGGAGGUGUUGGCAGACGAUGCUUUCGGCCUACUCUGAUCACGAAGACUUGGAAAACACAAAGCUGACGUUCGCCACCAUGCCUUACAGGGGAUCAGUGUCGUGGAACGCGCUGCUCGGAGCGUAUGCUCAAACCGGCCAUCUUGAGAGCGCCAAGGAGUUCUUUGACAGAAUGCCGCAGUGCGACACCGUCUCGUGGACAAUCGUCUCGGAAGCAUACGCGCAGAGGGGACACAUCCAAGAAUCGAGGUGGUUUUUCGACAACGUCCCGGACAGAGAUCUCGUCUCCUGGAACUCGAUCAUGUCGGCCUACGCGAGAAGGGCGCUGUUUCGAGAAGUGAUCGAGCUCUUCGCGGCGAUGGUGAUGGAGGGAGUCGAUCCGGAUGCGGUGAGCUGCCUGCUGCUGCUCACGGCUCACAGCCACAUCGGCCUGGUGGCCGAAAGCAAGGAGGUAUUCCUGUCCAUGGCUUCGGACUACUCCGUGGAGUGGGACGCGCAGCACUUUCGAUGCAUGGCGGAUGCUCUGGCCAGAGCUGGCCGGCUUCUCGACGCCAAAGAGCUGCUCGAGUCCAUGCCGUUUGGCGCCGAGAGCGUGGCGUGGACGAGCUUCGUGGGCGCUUGCAAGAUCCACGGGAAUCUGGAGCUCGCAGCGUUUGGAGUCGAGCAAGCGCAGGACUCCGAUUCUCAGGAUGGCGCUCCUCGCGGGAUCGUAGAGGGUGAUCGAUCUUAUGUUGCCGAGGAGAAGAGCUCUAGGAGUUCUUGCGAGAUUCGUGCUUGCCAGGAGCUACAGCAGGAGGGAGACAUGGGGUGGAAAGCCAUUCUUGCAACACCCGCUCGCUCCAAGGAACCGGGGAUGGGGGCUGGAGCUCAAGAUGCUGGAGUGCGUGAGGAAAGGUAA